AUGGAUGAUUAUUCCGAUGGUGAUGAUGAUGGUGGCGUGAUCUAUAUUGAUUCAAGUGAAGAUAAUUUAUACAGUGAAGACGACCACGCAGCCGACGAUGAUGAUGAUCAUGGAUUCGCGGCAGCACUCGACGACACGGACACAUCGAAACGAUCUCAGAAAAGUCACCUUGUUCUCAAGGAAGAAGACAUCCGCAAGCAUCAAAUGACCGAUAUCGAACAAGUUUCCACGAUUCUCUCUAUUAGCCAAGUGGAAGCGAUCGUUCUGCUUCUUCACUAUAAGUGGAACGCUGGUAAAGUCGAAGAUGAAUGGUUUACUGACGAAGAUAAAGUUCGUAACUCCGUUGGUCUUUUGAAGGAGCCUGUCGUUGUUGUUAAUGAAACGAGAGGAGUGAAUAAUACUUUUGAAUGUGGAAUUUGCUUUGAGUCAUACGUUGAGAAGGAGAUUGCUAGGGUUUCUUGUGGUCAUCCUUAUUGCAAAACUUGUUGGACAUGUUACAUCACUUCGAAGAUCAACGACGGUCCGGUAUGUUUGAAUGUUAAGUGUCCCGAGCCUUCUUGUCCUGCUGUGGUUGGUAAAGAUAUGGUCAAUAAGGUUAUAUCAAAGGAAGAAGAUAGAGAGAAGUAUGAGAGAUUUUUUUUUAGGUCUUACGUCGAAGCAAGCGGGAAGAAGAUCAAAUGGUGUCCAUCACCGGGAUGCGAUUAUGCGGUUGAUUUUCUUGGAAGCUGUGGAAGUGACGAGAGUGAGAACUACGAUGUUUCUUGUUUGUGUUCUUAUGACUUUUGCUGGAAAUGCGGUGAAGAAGCUCACCGUCCUGUGAAUUGUGACACGGUUUCAAAGUGGAUAUUCAAGAACAAGGAUGAGUCCGAGAACACGACUUGGAUUCUUGCCAAUACAAAGCCUUGUCCUAAUUGCCAACGUCAGAUCGAGAAGAACCAGGGAUGUAACCAUAUGUAUUGCACAAUAUGCAAACAUAGGUUUUGUUGGAAUUGUCUUCGUCCAUUGACUAAUCACAAGAGCUGCCACACGUUUGAGGGUGAUAAAAAGGAGGUUGUUACGAGAGAAAGGGCGAAAAAGGCAAUCGAUAGAUAUAUACAUUAUUAUGAAAGAUGGGCAAGCAAUCAAUCUUCGAGGCUAGUGGCUAUGGCAGAUUUGAAGAAAGUUCAGUCGGUGGUGCUCAAGAAGCUUAGUGUCAAACAAGGCUUGCCAGAAACUCAUCUCCGUUUCAUCGUUGAUGCAUGGCUUCAGAUUGUGGAAUGCAGAAGGGUCUUGAAAUGGACAUAUGCAUAUGGAUACUACCUUGCUGAAAAUGAACCAACCAAGAAACAAUUGUUCGAGUAUUUGCAAGGGGAGGCUGAAGUUGGUUUGGAGAGGCUUCAUCAUUGUGCAGAGGCGGAGUUUGAAAAGACUGUCAACGAAAGUGAAGGUCCAUCCAAAGAUUUCCUUGGUUAUCGCAUGAAAUUAAUUGGUUUCACUAAAGCAACCAAAACCUACUUCGAGAAUCUGGUUAAAGCUUUGGAGAAUGAUCUCGUGGAAGUUAAUGAGAGCAACUCGAAAACAAACUCCAAAGCUCAAAAAAACUCAAAAACAAACUCCAAAGCUCCUACCAAGAGACGAAAGUUGGUUUGA